UAUUUAUGGGGUCCUUGUAACAUGGGUAGACGCUCUGAUAUGAUAGCAUAGAAUGCCGCUAAAAAAAGUAGCAAGGAAAUUCUCAGAGUGCCUUCCCAGCGCAGCGCGCAUCACAUCUAGAGAGAGAAAGAAGCGUGACAGUUCCUUGAGAGAGAGAACAGUGGCGGAAGAGAAGCAUCGGAGAAGAGAGCUCACAGAAGCAGGAGCUAGGAGUAGAGAGAGAAAGAGAUUAUAAGGAAAAGGAGGAAGAGCUUGUAGAGAGAGAGAGAGAUGGCAACCAUCAGCUUGAGGAAGGGCAACACACGGCUUCCCCCAGAGGUGAACAGGGUCUUGUACGUGAGGAACCUCCCCUUCAACAUAUCGAGCGAGGAGAUGUAUGAUAUCUUUGGCAAAUAUGGGGCGAUCAGGCAGAUCAGGAUCGGAACCAGUAAGGAUACGAGGGGGACGGCGUUCGUGGUUUAUGAGGACAUCUACGAUGCGAAGACGGCUGUUGAUCACCUCUCUGGUUUCAAUGUGGCGAACAGGUAUCUCAUAGUUCUCUAUUAUCAGCAGGCAAAGAUGAGCAAGAAGGUGGAUCAGAAGAAGAAGGAGGAUGACCUUGCCAAGAUGCAGGAGAAAUAUGGAGUCUCUGCUAAAGAUAAGUAGAAUUUGGAAUUGUAAUUGGACUCUUCCCUCUAUUUAGCGCUCUCUAUUUCUAGGGUUUUUGGGAACCCUCGAGUUUUGGGGUUUCUGUUUUUUAGGGUUUUGUUUCUAGGGUCUUUCUGAAGUUCAAUGUGUUUUAGUGGAUUGCUCACUCUCAAUCUCUGCCUGACUCUGUCUCUGAAAAGCAUGGAAUGUUUCUUCUAGUGAUGUACAGUUUUGUGUCCCCGUUUCUCUCAGUAUCUAUCUCUAUCUCUGUUGUGUUUUUGAAUUGAGGUGAUGUUUUAAUGGUUUUCUUGGUGUCUGUUUCUUUUUAGGGGUUUGUGGGGUCUAUCAGAGGUUGUUAAUGGUUUCUCUGUUUGUAGGAAUUUUCUGGAUACUGGGGUAAUUAGGGCAUAAUUUGACUAUUGGCUACCAUUUUUGGCUUCAUUGCGAUUGGUACGGUUUCUAGGGUUUUCCUGGCUUCUUAUGUAAUCAUCUACUGGCUUCAUGAAAGAUUUUGAUGUACUGGAUCAUGGUUGAUUGAUAAGCAAUGUAUGGAGGUACAAAUGGUAUAGUGCAUUACUCAGUAUAAAAAAAUGAUAUUCUCUGAAGUAUAAUGGGGUUGUAAGUGCUAUUUGUGUUUUUACCAAGUGUUAGUUGGACUAUUUCUGUUAUGGAUGUAAUGAGGCAUGUAUGUGUUUCAAUAUAUUCAACAAAUAAAAUGAGUUAGCUUUAUUGCCUUUA